AUGGAGCCCUUCACAGCGCGCAGCACCAGUCCGCAGCCGGAGGCAGGGGCCGACGGCGGCCGCAGCAGCAGCCCGGGAGAGGAGCCCGCUCCGGGCGGGCCGCUCUGGACCGCAGUGUUCGAGUACGAGGCGUGCGGCGACGACGAGUUGAGCCUGCGGCCGGGGGACGUGGUGCAGGUGCUGUCGCGGGACUCGCUCGUGUCCGGGGACGAGGGCUGGUGGACCGGGCGGAUCGACCAGCGCGUGGGCAUCUUCCCCAGCAACUACGUGAGCAGCAGCGCGCACAGCCGCCGCCAGGGGGGCGCCCAGGAGCUGCGGCCCCACUACGCGCCGCCCCCGGCCAUACACCUACUGGAGAUUGACUUCUCAGAGCUGGCUCUGGAGGAAAUCAUUGGCAUAGGAGGCUUUGGAAAAGUCUAUCGAGCUGUUUGGGAAGGAGAUGAGGUUGCUGUCAAGGCAGCUCGUUAUGACCCUGAUGAGGACAUCAGCCAGACCAUUGAGAAUGUCCGCCAAGAGGCCAAGCUCUUUGCUAUGUUAAAGCAUCCCAACAUCAUUGCCCUCAGGGGAGUGUGUCUGAAGGAACCUACCCUCUGCCUGAUCAUGGAGUUUGCCCGUGGUGGGUCGCUAAAUAGGGUGCUGUCAGGUAAAAGGAUCCCCCCAGACAUACUAGUGAACUGGGCAGUCCAGAUUGCCAGGGGAAUGAAUUACCUGCAUGACGAAGCGAUUGUUCCUAUUAUCCACCGUGACCUCAAGUCCAGCAACAUAUUGAUACUCGAGAAGGUGGAAAAUGGAGACCUGAGCAACAAGAUAUUGAAGAUCACGGAUUUCGGCUUGGCCAGAGAAUGGCAUAAAACCACCAAAAUGAGUGCAGCUGGAACAUAUGCCUGGAUGGCUCCUGAGGUCAUCCGCUCCUCCAUGUUCUCCAAAGGCAGCGAUGUGUGGAGUUAUGGUGUGCUGCUUUGGGAACUGCUAACUGGGGAGGUACCAUUCCGAGGAAUUGAUGGUCUAGCAGUAGCAUACGGAGUUGCCAUGAAUAAACUUGCCCUUCCGAUCCCAUCCACAUGCCCAGAACCUUUUGCCAAACUCAUGGAAGACUGUUGGAAUUCUGACCCACACUCACGACCAUCUUUCGCCAAUAUACUAGACCAACUCACUACCAUAGAGGAGUCUGGCUUCUUUGAAAUGCCCAAAGAUUCCUUCCACUCCUUGCAGGAAGACUGGAAGCAUGAGAUCCAGGAGAUGUUUGAUCAGCUUAGAGCCAAAGAAAAGGAGCUGCGCACAUGGGAGGAGGAGCUGACCCGUGCUGCACUCCAGCAGAAGAACCAUGAGGAGCUGCUGCGGCGGCGGGAGCAGGAGUUGGCGGAGCGUGAGAUUGACAUCCUAGAAAGGGAGCUCAACAUCAUCAUCCACCAGCUGUGCCAGGAGAAGCCUCGGGUGAAGAAGCGCAUAGGCAAGUUCAAGAAGAACCGUCUUAAGUUGAAAGAUGGCAAUCGCAUCAGCCUCCCUUCAGAUUUCCAGCACAAAUUCACUGUACAAGCAUCUCCAACCAUGGACAAAAGGAAAAGCUUGAUCAGUAGUUGUUCCAGUCCUCCUGCAAGUCCUACCAUCAUUCCCAGACUCAGGGCCAUACAGUUGACACCUGGCGAAAGCAGCAAAGCAUGGGGAUGCAACUCAGUCUUACAGAAGGAGGAAGGAGAGGAGGAAGAGAAGAGAAGCCAGAAGAAGAAAGGGCGUACCUGGGGACCAAGUUCUCUUUGUCAUAAGGAGUUAGCUGCAGGAGAAGAUGGCCUGAAGUCUCUGGUAGAUGGAUACAAACAAUGGUCAUCUAGUGCUCCAAACCUAGGGAAGGUCCAGAGAACUACACCUGCCUUGCCAGGAUUCACCAGCCUAGCAGAGAUGGAGGAUGAGGACAGCGAGUGUCUUAAUGGAGACGAAACGCACCCUUCACCUGGGCGCACCCCAUCGUACCUCUGCAUCCCAUUUCAGAAGAGCGGAGACUUGGAUGGCCCACCCAGUGAUGCCAAUGAGGAGUCCACCCCCAUGAAUUCUGCUACAAGCACCCCUCAGCUCACCCCGACCAAUAGCCUUAAGCGGGGUGGCUCCCAGCAUAAGCGGUGGGAGGUUGCCUUGCUCGGUUGUGGAGCAGUGCUGGCUGCUGCAGGCCUGGGCUUUGAUCUGUUGGAGGCAGGCAAGUGCCAGUUGCUGACCCAGGAUGAGCUGGAACCACCCAAGGAGGAGAAGAAGAAGCGCGACAGUAUUUUCCAGCGGGCUGGGCGCCCACGCAGAAGCACCAGCCCACCUUCCCGGAAGCUCUUCAAGAAAGAGGACCCCCUGUUGCUGCUGGGCGAGCCAUCCACCUCAUUGACACUCCUCUCCCUGUCUUCCAUUUCUGAAUGUAACUCCACCCGCUCUCUGCUGCGCUCAGACAGUGAUGAGAUUGUGGUGUAUGAGAUGCCCGUCAGCCCUGUGACAGUCAAGGCUCCCUUGCCAGUAGUUACCAACCCGCUGGUCAAUAUACGCAUUGAGAGGUUCAAGCAGGACCCCAACCAAUCCCUGACUCCCACACAUGUGACUCUCUCUUCCCAUGCCCAGCAAAGGGGGCACAGGCGAACCCCUUCUGAUGGGGCCAUCAAAGCGGCUGGACUGGUUGCCAAUGGGUGCUCUCCCAGUGGGUGCACUUCCAGUAACUGUUUAACUGGUGCACUGGGCGCAGGUGUAUUAAAAACUCUCAGCCCAAGCCGAGAUCCAAAUGAGGUCCCUCGCCUGCCAGACCCCAACCUUGUCUUUCCUCCAACCCCAAGACGCUGGAAUGCACAGCAGGACUCCACACUGGAGAGACCCAAGACCUUGGAGUUCUUGCCAAGGCCACGCCCUUCUGCCAAUCGGCAGCGGCUUGAUCCCUGGUGGUUUGUGUCCCCCAGCCAAGCCAGGGGUGAAUCCUCUGCCAACAGUUCAAGUACUGACACCCCAAGCAAUCUGGACUCCUGCUUUGCUAGUAGCAGCAGCACUGUAGAGGAGAGGCCAGGACUUCCUGCUCUGCUUCCUUUCCAGGUGGGUAUUCCUGUAGAGGAGCGGAUGCUAUUGGACAUAGAUGUUGAGGGGCAGAGCCAGGACAGCACGGUUCCGCUAUGCAGAACUGAACUUAAAACAACCAAACCUGCAGCGUAUGAACUGAAACAAGAGUUCUGGUCUUAG